CAGAAGCAUGGCUUCCAUGAUCUUCACAAUUAAAUCCAGGAGGAAAAGAGAAUCUUUCAUGAAGGUUUGACCAAAAUUCCUGAGGCCCAGUUUCCGCCAGGCAGUGGUGCUGGGGGCAGCAGGGAGGCGGUGGCCCCCACAGGGGCUAUUUCAGUCAGAGACAGCCAGCCAGGAAACAGAGGAAGCUGCCCGCCCCGUCGGAGGUGUUGCAGCCUGGCUGAGAGCAGAGAGUGGGAGCCUCGGGUCUGGCUUCCCUUUGCCUCAACACACUUGAGACUACCGACAUGCUGCGGGACAGGAGGCUGAAUAUAACAAGACUGUGGCCAAAAGAAGGGACCAUGGCUUUGGAAGUGGGCAUUGUCCUCAGUGAGCUCAUGCCUCUCCAAAUGUAGGAAGCCCAACUGGGCAGCCAUGGAGUGGGACAAUAGCACAGACCAGGCCCUGGGCUUGCCACCUACCACCUGUGUCUACCGUGAAGACUUCAAGCGACUGCUGCUGCCACCUGUGUAUUCAGUGGUGCUGGCAGCAGGCCUGCCACUGAAUGUCUGCGUCAUUGCCCAGAUCUGCACGUCCCGCCGGACCCUGACCCGCACAGCCGUGUACACCCUAAACCUGGCCCUGGCUGACCUGCUGUAUGCCUGCUCCCUGCCCCUGCUCAUCUACAACUAUGCCCAAGGUGACCACUGGCCCUUUGGUGACCUCGCCUGCCGUCUGGUGCGCUUCCUCUUUUAUGCCAACCUGCAUGGCAGCAUCCUCUUCCUUACCUGCAUCAGCUUCCAGCGCUACCUGGGCAUCUGCCACCCACUGGCACCCUGGCACAAGCGUGGGGGCCACCGGGCUGCCUGGCUUGUGUGUGGAGCUGUGUGGCUGGCCGUUACAGCCCAGUGCCUGCCCACAGCUGUCUUUGCCACCACAGGCAUCCAGCGGAACCGUACAGUCUGCUAUGACCUGAGCCCACCCGCCCUGGCCACCCGCUACAUGCCCUAUGGCAUGGCCCUCACAGUUGUUGGCUUCAUGAUACCCUUUGCUGCCCUGCUGGCCUGCUACUGUUGCCUGGCCCGCCGCCUGUGCCGCCAGGAUGGCCCAGCAGGGCCUGUGGCCCAGGAGCGGCGUAGCAAGGCGGCCCGCAUGGCUGUGGUGGUGGCAGCUGCCUUUGCCAUCAGCUUCUUGCCUUUCCACAUCACCAAGACAGCCUACCUGGCGGUGCGCUCUAUGUCAGGUGUCCCCUGCCCUGUGCUGGAGGCCUUUGCAGCCACCUACAAAGGCACACGGCCCUUCGCUAGUGCCAACAGUGUGCUGGAUCCUAUCCUCUUCUACUUCACCCAGAAGAAGUUCCGCCAGCGGCCACAUGAGCUAAUACGGAAACUCACAGCCAAGUGCACAAACAGGGUCACUGAGUUCUCCAGGGCAGGACGCCUGGAGCAGCUGGCCAUGGAGUAAGGUCCCUCAUGGACCCCCAAAUCUCACCAACCACUAUUUAUUGAGCCCCUUCCCUGGACCAGGCUCUGGCCCUUGAGAAGUUCCCAGUCAGCCAUGGAGAGUUGGGGAAACCAUGUUAAGCUGCUUACAAAAUUAUAGUGUGCUAUGUACUGUAAUCGAGGGGUAUGCUACAUACUUUGGA